AUGAGCGGGGCGGCGGCGGCGGCGAAGAGCGAGAAGCUGGACGAGGCUCAGGCGCUGGCCCGCAGCUGCGCGGGCAGACCCGACUUCCAGCCCUGCGACGGGCUCUCGCUCUGCGCCACCCACAGCCACGGCCGCUGCUUCCGCCUCCACUGGUGCUGCCACCUGGGAUGGUGCCACUGUAAAUACGUCUAUCAGCCCAUGACACCCGUAGAGCAGCUUCCCAGCACCGAAAUACCCGUUCGCCCUCGGGAGUCUACCAACACCAUCCAGAUCUCCGUUUCGCUCACCGAACACUUUUUGAAGUUUGCGCCCGUCUUCCAGCCCCCUCUGCCCCCUGACUCCCCGCAGUUCUGCACGAUCGCAGACCUCUUCAUUGACAAUUACCGCGUGAAAUGCAUCAACGGGAAGAUGUGCUACGUGCAGAGGCAGCCUCCCCCCGUGCCCCACAAGAUAAAGCCCGAGGAAGUCCCUGUUCGCAAUGCCUUAAUCACAAAAGAGAGCAAUACACCAAAACCAGAUCACUGCUCGUCCCCUUCCAGCUCCGAGGACUCCGGGAUCAAUGCGGUGGGGGUUCACUACAUGGAGUCGUGUGACGAGGACACAGAGGGGGUGGCCGAGCUCAGUUCAGAAGAAGAUUACAGCCCGGAUAGCAGCUGGGAACCAGAUGAAUGCCCGCUCUUGUCACCCUCGCAGUGCGAAAUGGAAGUGAUUGAGACUAUAGAAACCACUGUGUGAUCCGACAAGUUGCUACCAGAUCAGUCCAGUUCCCACUCAGUAAUGUUGCUUUUGUAGUAUUUAUAUUUUCUGUUUUUUUCUGACAAUCCCUUUUUUCCAGUGCACUUGAUAUUUCAGAUUCCUCAUGGGAGCGCGGUCACGGGACUUGCAUACUGGUGAACCACAGCAGCAGCCUGAGCAAUUUUAACGUGUUCUCAGCCUGACCAGAUCUCCCACGUCUGCACGUACGGUAGUGAUAAAUCUUAAGACUUUUAUAGCUGAAAUAGGCCCUUUUCUUGGUCUGGGUUACAUCAUAUACUGCUUCUCAUACGAGGAUGUGCCACUCGAAACGUUUCCAUCUGUCAGGAUGUUUGCAGUGGGCCUUCAAAGCACAGAGGAUGAGCUGGUGCAGCACGCCUGCCAGCAGCAAAACCGCGUUGCCCUUAUUCUUUCUCAAACAGCUACGCGAGGUGCGGCGACGAGAGG